CAUGAACGGAGCGUAGCUGCUUAGAUUGGGGAGAAUUGUCACCAAAAGACACAUCUAAACAUAAUUAUCAUAGCUGGAGAUACCAAUCUUGAUGACACAUUGGCUUCCUGUUUGCUUGCCUGCAUGGUACAGCCAAAGAAAUACUUGGCGUUGUUGAGCUUUGGAGUCUCUAUAAACAGGAAACAGUCCAGGACGUCAGCCACAGUGCACCUCAGGGUUGUACAUGUACCUAUAGCCAAAACCAGAGAGUAGAUGAUAACGCAGCUGUUGUUUCCUGAGCGAUCAGCACCACCAGAUGAUCACCAUCUUCAGUCAGUGAUUACUGGUAUACGCUUGAGUCUUUUUCUUUUUAUUUCCUGGUCUCAUAGGUCCGAGAUUGGUAAUGCCCUUUUCUCCUGUGAACCACAAGAGAAACAGUAACCAUGGAGGUGGUUUAGGACCUCUGAGGAGUAUAGAGAUUGAUUUACAAUACUAAACUUAUAGAAUGCAGAUCAAUUAUGGCAGUUCAACCAAACGUAAAUUCACCAAAGAGAUGCAGAUGGUCUGACCUACAAAGAAAAGAAGUCGUUUUGUUUUUAGUCAUCGUUGUACUUCAUGGACUUCUCCUGCCUGCCUCAUGCCUGAAUCAGAGACUUGUCGAGACCUUGACCCAUUUCAGCUCUCCAAAUGUUGCUCUGCAACAUCUUUUUGUUCAUAGAGACACGGGUGAGAUCUACGUAGGUGGAACAAACAAGCUCUACCACUUCUCGUCUGAUUUGGAUAAACUGUCUGAAGUCGACACAAGACAAGAGGGAAUCAUUGAAUUCUGUCCUACAGUCGAGUUGAACAGAUGCCCAGUAGGAGAUAACCUCAAUAGGGUCUUGCAAGUUGAUUACAGUCGGAACUUGCUCAUAGCAUGCGGCAGUGAUUUCUAUGGGACAUGUGCCCUGCACGAUGUGAGUAACUUUACAAGGAUUGUCGGAUGGCCCCCUUAUGUCCAUGGUGGGGAGAUCCCCAACCAACAGGACAGCUUAGCUCUUGGAGAAUCGGUGGUAAGCUACUUUGCCCAAUACCAAGAUGGCAAUGGUGGGGCAAUUGAACAUGUCCUGUAUAUUGGUGCUACAUUCAACAGCGACCCUCGGUAUCAAAAUGUGAGUCAACAUGCUGCCACGGCCAAGAAACUGAAGAUGACAAGCUCAGGGGAGUGGCAAUUUUCUUUUGCAAGCCAAGAAGACAGUUACUAUCGGAACUCCUUCAUCAAUGUGAUUGAAGCUCAAAAACAUGAUUAUAAAAUCAAGUACAUUUAUGGCUUUAAUUCUGGAGAUUUUAACUACUUUACCACAGUGCAGCGGGAGGAUGUGGACCUGGACAAUUAUCAGUCACGGAUUGUACGAAUAUGCAACAGAGACAAAAACUUUUUCUCGUACACCGAAGCAGCACUUAUCUGUCGUGAUUCAGGCAACAAAGUGUAUAACAUUCUCAACGCAGCCUACGUUGGAACGCUUGGUGCCAACCUACAAGGGUUUGAUUCUGGUGAGGAGGUGCUCUUUGGUGUCUUCUCAACGAGUGUCUCAGAGGACUCAGACCAACCUGGGCGAGACUCGGCUCUCUGUUUGUACCAAAUGAGUUACAUUAACAAAAGAAUUCAGAAAGGACUACAGGAAUGCUUCAACGGUGAUGGCACGCAAGGACUGAAAUUUUUCUCAAGUGAUCGUGACUGUAGCUCUACACCUUAUCGGGUAGUGAGCCCAGACUUCUGUGGGACAGGAGACUUGCAACCAAUAGAGGCAAGGAAAACGAUUUUAGGAAGGGACCAGUUACGGAACGGCGGUGCCGGUCGGUUGUUUACAGCAGUUUCUGUGGUUUUAAUGGGAGGUGACACUGUAGCUAUCAUCGGCACUCAAGAUGGUCACAUUAUGAAGUUUUUACUGCAGUCCUCGGAUAACCAGGGAGAUGAGGCCAAUGUGUGGGCCAGAAAACCCUACAAGGACUUGGACCUGUCUAACGGUCCUGUACUUUCAGACAUGGUGUUUGAUGCCGACAAGAAACAUGUAUAUGCUAUGACAUCACACGAGGUAUUCAAGAUAGCCAUUAGUUCUUGCGAGCACUACGUGGACUGCUCAGCAUGUGCUCUGACACAUGACCCCAAGAACUGUGGAUGGUGUGGUUUUUGUUCAACUCAACAGGAGUGCACGGAGCAAGGCGGUACAUCGACAUGGCAACAAGAUAGCUGUCCACCUGCCAUAUAUGGAGUGACCCCCUUAGCAGGGCCUCUGAAGGGAGGCACGCAGGUGACCAUAACCGGGGACAAUCUGGGACAAAAUGUAGAAACAGCCAAUACGCAUGAGGUGACGGUGGCAGGCAAACCGUGCAACGUCAUACCAGAGCGGAGUGAGAUUUAUAGGAUUGUGUGUAAGACGUCUCCCUCCGCUGUCCCAACCUCUGGACCUAUUGUAGCUAAGAUUGAAGUAUUGACCCCUAAUAUCCUGUACACAGUCAAUGGAACCAUCUCAUCGGAGCCAACAUUCAUAUUUGAAUAUGUGGAUCCUGUCUUGGAAUCUGUGGAUCCUGGAGUUGGUGGCGUGUCUGGUGGAACAAGGCUGAUUCUCACUGGCAAUGGUUUGAAUGCUGGUAACAACAUCACCGUCUUGGUCGUAGGACAGCCUUGUCUGAUUGAAAGUGUGAAUAUGACCGUGUUGAUCUGCAACACUGGUGCAGCCGCAUCAGUUGGAUUGGGAGACGUAGAAGUCCAAAUAGAUAGCGUCUUUUUAUCCAAAUCUCAAACCUUCACCUACGUGGAAGAUCCUCGACUGGAGCGUAUCUCCCGAAAUAAAGCCAUUGUGAGCGGUGGUCAAACCAUUUUAGUCUUUGGUAUGUAUCUUCAGUACAUCAGAGUAGUGCAGAUGAGGGUCACAAUAGCUGAUACAGAGCUAGAAGACAACGUCUAUAUGGUGAUAUGCACCGUCAUCGCAGAUGACCUCUGCCGCUGUAUUUCUCCAAAUAUCAACCAAUCAUCAUCCAGAGAAUUAUCUGAUCAACCAAUCAGGGCGAAUGUAACAUUCUUCUUGGACAACAAGCUGACGGAGUUGGCCAAUGGUGAUGAGAUUGAGUUCCUCUUCUAUCCUGAUCCUAAGUUUGAACAGUUUGCCGGAAGGGUGCGUAACAUCAGCAACAGCAUGAAGGUCCUUACCAUUGGGGGUAGAGACAUGAACCUGGCCCUAACCAAGAAUGACAUCCGGGUUUUGAUUGGUGGGAAAGUCUGUCCAAUCAUAGAUCUUGAAGAUGAUGAGGUCACCUGCCAAAUUCCUGAUUUGGCUGAUGCUGUGAAAGACCCCUUGGGUUAUAAAGUAGAGAUCCAAGCUGGUUCCACCUCGACAACCAUCGAGUACGUGAACAUUCUUCAAGGACCCUUCGCAUGGUAUGGCAUUCUCAUUGCUAUGCUCAUUGUACUCUGCAUCAUUGUUGCACUUAUCGUAAAAUGCGUACGCCAACAGGCUAAACAUGUCGAUAACCGCUUAGCAGCAGGCGUUAUAGCGCCGACGGUCAUGUUUCGUCAGAACAGCAGAUCAGGUGGUGAGUCAGCCGAAGCAAGAGUUUUACCUCCUCGUACCCUUGCCCAUGUCAAUAACUACAUGAGGACACCAUCUUCAUCAGCCGAGGCGGCCUUUGCAGGCACUGCUGAUGAGAAUAGACCCUUAUUGGAGACCAUCAAUAAAGACUUAGCCAUGCUGGUCAGCGAGGUCCUUAUCACGGAGGACAAUCUCAAACAAGGAGAAGUCGUCGGGCAAGGUCACUUUGGCUGUGUCUAUCUUGGCAAGCUCUGGCAGGAGGGAUCCUCAUUCCAAGUGGCUAUCAAGACGCUGCUCCGCGGCGAAACAGAUGACAUCUCCAACUUCCUUCGAGAGGGGAUCAUGAUGAAAGACUUCAAGCAUCCGCACGUGUUGCAGUUGAUUGGUGUGUGUAUCAACAAAAACAACUUGCCGCUGGUCGUACUGCCCUACAUGAAAAACGGAGACCUUCUUACAUUUGUGCGGGAUCCUACAAAGGACCUCACUGCAAGAGAUUUACUGGAGUUCAGUCGGCAAGUGGCAGACGGAAUGUCGUACCUGGCCGACCUCAAGUUUGUCCACCGUGAUUUGGCUGCGAGGAACUGCAUGCUGGAUGACACUCUGCUGGUGAAGAUCGCUGACUUCGGUCUCUCUCGGGAUAUUUACGAGAGAGAUUACUACAGUGCCAAAGAUAAAACCGCUAAGCUGCCUGUGAAAUGGAUGGCAUUGGAAUGCCUAGAGAGGAGUGUUUACAGCAUCAAGACAGACGUGUGGUCAUUUGGUGUAGUGAUGUGGGAGCUACUGACACGUGGAAUGAGUCCAUACCCCGCUGUGGACAACUGGGAUAUCAGUUCCUACUUACAGAGAGGGCGAAGACUCCAGCAGCCAAUGCACUGCCCCGACCAUGUGUACCAGGUAAUGUUAGACUGCUGGUCGGUGAGUCCCGUUGACCGACCGACAUUUGAAGCUCUUGUGUGUCAACUUACUGAUAUUCUGUCCACACCAACUGACCAACAGACAGAAGAGGAUCAGGUUUAUCUCAAUGUAAUACCCAAAAUCCACUGAAACCUUUUGUUGAAAUCAACUAAUUGAUAUACUGUCCACACCAGCUGACCAACAUAAACCAAAACAAAGGAUCUUGAUUAUCUGAAAGCAAUAUCCCAUAUCUGUUAAAACUUGUAGUUGAAAUCAAGUAACUGAUAUUCUGUCCACACCAACUGACAAUCAUAGUCCGAAUGCAAUGAACCCAAAUCCACUAGCCCAAAAGCCAACCUUGUAGUUGAUAGACAAACAUCUGUAGUUGAUUGCGAACCAGCUGACCAAGUCAGAGGAUCUUGUUUAAAGUGGAUAGGGAGGUAGAAGUCUCUUGGCCUUUUUGCUAGGAUGGUGGUGAGUUAAAAUAAGAUUCAACUUGUAAAAAAAAAUUAUAAUAAUAAUAACCGGUUUUUGUAUAGUGCUUUUCACAUCUGAAGGUUUGCUCAAAGCGCUUCCAACAUUAUUACCCCUGGUCAGAGGGCCUUAUUCAUUCCUUUAACAUCUCAGCGCCCUGGGGAGUCUACGAAAAAUGGUAUGGUACCUACCUAAAAAUAACCUAAAAUAACUUAAAAUACCAACCUAGCAUUGCUCAUGUUGCAGUGAAUGUAAGACACUACCUUGAGCCAGUCAGUCACAGUGAUUAAACAGAAGGACUGUUUAUAAGGUCAACAUUAUUUUGUGUUUAGUUGCUUAUAUGUAACUCUGAAGGUGCUAUUAUUUAUAUGAAGAAAAAAAAUGUAACUCUGCAAACUUCCUAUCGGUACUAAAUCUGCAUGAUUUUUCUUUAAGCCUUUCCAAAGAAAACUACUCACAGCCAUUUAUACUUGACGACUUUUGACUUAUUAGUGUUUUUAAUGGCUGCAAAUGAUGAUAGUAAUUACCUUUUGAACAUAUAUUUCAAAAUAAACCACAAGGAAAACUGACGGGACAAACGUUUAAAGAAUUUUGGGUUGAAGACCAGGACUUGAAUCUGCGAUCUCUGGAUUAAUAUGUAAUUCAGUGGUCACAGGUUCAAAGGCUGCCCCAGUAAACUUUUCUUUGGUGAAACCCCAAAAUAUAUUUCCUAACAUGAUUUUGCUGUCAGUCAUUUCAACUGAGAACAGGUGAACCCAAA